AUGAUACCUUUGCCAGGUCCAGGCAAACGAGGCAUGGACGCACCACCCGUCGAAGCUUCUGGCUCUGGUUGGCAGGACGGAUCAUCAUCGCUCGCACUGGCUGUUGAGCCCUACGAUGCCAAUGUCGCGUACGCUUCAAAGGCUUUCGCCGAGCUGACCAUGAUGGAGCAGGUGCACGCUCGACGAUCUCUUGCGAGCAUGGGCGGUGAGCCCAGCAGUAGCACUCAUGCUCCACCACCGCCCCAUCUGUACAGACGCAGCUCUUCUCCACCCGCCAUGAAUACUCGUGCUCGCACCGGCGCUUCUUCCAGCUCGAGCGCUCAGCAAGCACAAUGGAGAGGUGACCGAUCUCCCAAAAAUCAAACACGCGUCAGAGAAGAUCCUCGUUCGAGAAGAGCUACUUCGCUUGCUCCUCGUUCCAGCCUCUUCACGCCUCGACCCGCUCGUCAGCCCGACAUGCAACGCAUGACGGAGAAGCAACUGCAAGAAGUCAUCGAUCGGAACGAAUCGUUGAUGGGUCGAUUGGAAGUGAGCAAGGUGCUGAGCGAAGAGGAUAAGUGUAGGAUCGAGGAGGAUACGCAAAGAGCUAGGGAGCUGUUGAGCUUCAAGAGAGAGGCUUCGAUCAGUGGAGAGAUGGACUCGUUGAGCUUGGAGCGGCAAGGAGCACAGUCGCAUAGCGAACCAUCCACACCGACGCUCCAUUCGCCCACGGAAGACAGAGCGUCUGCACAACCUGCCCCCAGGUACACGACGCGGGCAAGGAGGUUUUUACAAAAGCAGGAUAGAGAGGAGGAGUUGGUGAGUGACCUUGCAGAGCUCUUUACAUUGCGACUUUGGGUCUGUACAUCGAGCGACGGGUUGACGACGUCCCAGUUCAUUCUUGUUCCCCCCACCCCCUCUUUUCCGAUGUGCCAGGUACAAGCGACGACAGCUCGCAAGUCCCGGGUACAAAUCUUGACUUCGACGGAAGCUGCUGCGCUGGAAGCUCAAGCGCAAGAAGCUUUGCAAGCGAUUGAAGAGGAGAGGAUGGAGCUGGCUACGCGCAGAGUUCUUGAGAGACUCAGCUUGGCUGGUCGUGGGCCUUCGUUAGAAGCGAAUGCACAGGCUACACGUCAAGAUGAAGAUGAAGAUGAGGCUGACGAAGACGAAGACGACGACGACGACGAUGAUGAUGAGGAGGACGAGGAGCAAGAGAUGGGCUGA